GAGAGAGAGAGAGAGAGAGACGCACAAACUCCUUCACUCCCUCCAGCCACGCACACACUGGCAGAGCUGCCGCUUGCGGUGCGUAGUAGCUACAGUGCAGCUGCCUGGGAUUUCUUCAACUACUUGAAGAGUCUGCGGAUCGGACGGUGACUGAGAGAGAAGGGAGAGUCCUGAGUCCUGUGAAAACAAGACGAGACGAAACGACAUUCGCUCUGGUUCAUUUCAGCUCAGUGCGGUGUGUAGCCAGAGGACAGAGAUGAUGGAGACCAAACUGUGGGCUGCUCUUUGUGCGCUGCUGCUCGUUCACUUGGCAUCAGCUGACCACGGUGAAGGCCACGCUGCUCUGACAAAUGCUUCAAAAAGUGGUGGCGAAGAGGCAACUACUGAGUCCGCUUCUAUUCUUCACAACAUCAGCCAUGCUUCACCUUCACCGAAUGGCCCUGAUACAAACACAAGUUCAAGAGUCACCAGCGGUUUGAGCAGCAACACAUCUACACAAAUGGAACCAAAGGAAGACAGUGGUGCCAACGUCACCUCUCCCACAGAGGCUGUCGGUCCUGAAAAGAACCAAACAGAUCAGUCGACAUCACGGCCUCCUAGUCCUCCUUCUGAGAGUCAAGCCCCAAUCUCUGACACCCCCCUUGCCUCUACCACUACCAGCCCCACUCCCACAGCUCACAGUGCCCCUGGAGACAACACAUCGACCCCCAUGCCACCCACAAACACGUCGAAUCAAGCAUUUUCAAACCAGACUUCUGCCUCAACACCCGAACCACCAAAGACGGAAACCACCACUAAUACCACCGUCGCCCAGUUCACUUCAACAACCACCACCGACUCCUCUCAGGGGCCCCCCGGUUCUGAGUCGUCAACGCUCACGUCUCCACAAAGCGCUUCACAGCCCGAUGGACGCCCUGAGAACUCCAGUGUAACCCACCAAAAGCCUACCGAGUCACCAUCAAGCAAUUCCUCCACCCAGGCCAAAGCCCACGCUGACACCCCCUCCCAGCUCAACGUUGGUGGUGACACGACGACUGCCCACGAGUCUCCGACAUUAGACCCCCUCCUGGCUGGCCUUGUGUCAGCCUUUAUCAUCACUGCUGUCAUCAUCACUCUGCUCCUCUUCCUCAAACUGCGCCGAAGAGACAACCGACCAGAGUUUCGCAGGCUGCAGGACUUGCCUAUGGAUGACAUGAUGGAGGACACACCUUUGUCCAUGUACAGCUACUGACAGAUGCACAACAGAUUUUUGGCACCCGGAAAACUCUCCUCGAAUCCAGGCUCAUGCUGCAGCGGCUGUUGAACCUGUGCCCUCUUCUUUAAGCUGCACCGAACUGAAGUGCUUCUGGGUAGGUGGGAAGCUGCAAUGGACAAUGAAGAUAUCACCCACGUUGGGAUCUUUCUGGCUAUUUUUGGUGUCUGUAAUUCUAAAUUAGGCCAAUGCCCCUGUUUAACACAGUAUUCGUAAUAUUUUUCAGCCCAUGUUUUGGGGCACAGGAGUUCCAUUAUAUAUUUUGAUUUCUGUAAAGUUGAAAAGGGUAGGUGGGAGGUAAAAUUAUCAGUUGUAUCCCCCAUUUGGAUGGUUCACACCUGGACACAGAUUCAGCCUGUCCUGCCAGGGACUUGGGGGCACGGGUCUAAUUUCCACAGAAAGGCCAGAGAAUAGAAACAAACAUAACAAAUGGCCGGAUUAUAGUGUUAAAGAGGUUGCACUUUACUUUGUAAGGGGUGAUUUUUUUUUCUUUUAUACGAGAAAAAUUAGUUUUGUGUGCAAACGUAAGUGCAGGCAUACGCAGUGUGUGUGUGUGUGUGUGUGUGUGUGUUUGUAAAUGUGAGUCUGUUAAAGGUGCAUGUAUGUUGUUUGAAGGUGUGGUGGGGGAUUUUGAAGUGUUUUCACUUUUGUUGUUUCUGUGUUGAAGGUUCUGCUGCCUUUUGGCCUUAUUUUGGUAUGUGCAGUAUGUGUUUUUGUUUCUUUCCUGGGGUCUUGAGUUCAGGAGAGAGUGCCUUACACAGUAUAGAAACAGCUCUUAUUGUUUACUGUAUUUAUAUUCAGAUUGACUAACUCGCAGAUUUACCAGUCAUUCCCGGCACUUUGUGUGCUUCCCAUUUAAAACACAGAUUUGGGGCCAGGUAGCUGCUCCAACUUGCCUGUGUUUAAAGACUAGCCUUGAGCGGGUUCACCAUGAGGCACUCAUUCAUUCAUACAGUGACAGUUGGAGACUGAAAUUGGCCAGUGGCCUUCCCACACAAUGUUAGCAUUGUCCUGUGUGUUGUAAAUACUACUGAUGAUUGCAUCAUGCAAAGACAACUUUGUGAAACUUCUCAUCUCAGUUGGUAAUUUUGCAUGCGAAAAACUUAUUGAAAAUGUUACAUGGACUGACCUGACUGCACCUUGUUUUCCCAGAAGGAAAGUUCACAAAUAUUGCAUUGAUUUUACUGUGGAUGAGCCGUGCUUCGUAUUUUCUCUGCAAAUAUGCAGAGAAAUGCGAGUGGAAGUGAGACACUUACAACAGAACACCCACUUCUACAGAAAUAGAUUGGAGCUAAUACUUGUGUUCACAAUUUAAUCUUUGUACCAGAUAUAAAGACAGGCAACAAAUAAAGCAAAAUAACAAAUAUCUUUAUAAGGCUGAUAGUGGAGGGAUGACCACAGACAUUCCUUCAUUUACUCAAACCUUGUUUUUCAUUUUUCCUUGCAUCCAUCACCUGUACAUCCAGUUCUAAAUUAUACACUUGACACAUUCGAUAUUGGUGUUAAAAAUUUUUGCCUAUUCUACAUGCAUAAUGAGGCUUCUGCUGCCAGAUGUGAAUCAGCGUUUUUUUUUUUUGAUUAAACGUAUUUUGAAACCA